UUUUUAUUUUUAUUUUUUAUUUUUUUGGAACAGAGUCUCGCUCUAUCCCCCAGGCUGGAGUGCAAUGGCGUGAUCUCGGCUCACUGCAACCUCCACUUCCCAGGUUCAAUUGAUUCUCCUGCCUCAGCCUACUUGUGGGAUUACAGGUGCUUGCUACCAUGCCCGGCUAAUUUUCGUUUUUGUUGUAGCUGUUGUUUUGAGACGGAGUCUCACUCUGUCGCCUAGGCUGGAGUGCAGUGGCGCAAUCUUGGCUCACUGCAACCUCCAUCUCCUGGAUUCAAGCAAUUCUCCUGCCUCAGCCUCUUGAGUAGCUGGGAUUACAGACAUGUGCCACCACACCUGGCUAAUUUUUGUAUUUUUAGUAAAGACUGGAUUUCACUUUGUUGGUCAGGCUGGUCUCGAACUCCUGACCUUGUGAUCUGCCCACCUCAACCUCCCAAAGUGUUGGGAUUACAGGCAUGAGCCACUGUGCCAGGCCUUAAACAUUUGUUGAUUGGCUGGACAAUAAAGAACUUGCUUUAGAAGGAGGAGAGGACAAAAGAAAAAAAAAAUGGAUAGGAUCUCUUUAAUUAAGUUUCAGCCACAGAACCUUUACUGGGACAACUCUUGAUCACAUGUCAAACUGCUUUCAUUUGGGGCAAGAGGAUAAGGGGAAGUUGCAUGGUGGGAAGUGCAGAGAUCUGGAAGAUAGAAGAUUUUACUAAGUCUCUUCCCCCAGAAAUAGCAAUGAAAAACAAAUUUACUUGUAUUCUGUCUGUUUUCCUUUGACUUGCCAGUCUGCCAGCUUAUAUCUUAAUUAUCUGUCUCUGCUCCCUGUCUCUAUUGUUUUUUCCUCUUUAAUAAUGAUCAAGUCCAAAGAAACGUGAGAAGCCCUGUUCCUAGCACCUUUUCCUGAGUCACCAGGGACCCCCUCUUUCUCCCCCAGGGAAUUAUUGGGAACAAGUCUUUCUCAUUGGGUCAGACUCCACACAGCACUAAUAUGGCUAAAAGCCAGAGUAAAGAACCAGGGAAAGCUGGAGUUUGGAUGAUUCUGGUUAAAGUCCAUCCUAGACAGUCCAAAUGCCCUGACCCCAACGGGGAGGGCCCAUCUCUCCAGCAGAGCCAGAUUUUAUGCAAGACAUUUAGUAUGUCAAAGUAUCAGUCUCUGGCCUUGGAGGCAGGUCUCCUGGGCCCCGUUUUAGCUCCUCCUCUGGGUGAUCCAGGUUAAUUGAGCUCUCCACUCCUUUCUUCCCCCAAACUUUAGACCUUUGAUCUAAGAAAGCAACAAGAAAGAUCAGUGCAGGACUGGGAGCUCUUGAGGACGCAAGAAUUAGAGUAAAAGGAAGGGGAGAGUGGCAUUAAACUAAUAGAUUUCAGAACUGUAGCCUUUCCCCAGUCCAACCCUUCACAGAUGGGUAAUGGGGGAGGGUCCAGGUCCCUCUCCAGCGAGAGCUCUCAAGGGCCUCGGGUUCCAGCCUGGCCGAGGAGCGCCAUCUGGCGGCCAAUCCCCCAACAUGGAUUCUCUGCCCCAUCCGACUUUCUGAAGCCCGAACUAGAUCUGGGCUGGAGAGUUUCACCUCCCCCUCUGCGUCACUCCGGGGACUCCGCCCUGCCAGGAACGCUCCUCCUCAAGCGGGGAUAGGCCCAAGCGCCUCCCCCGCAGGAAAACUGCCCAUCCUCCCUCUAGGGUAGACUGCUUCUCCAGUAGAGUCGGCUUAAAGCUCCCCCCAGGGGUCCGCCCCGCCUCGUCGCCCACAGAGAGCCCGCCUCUCCCCGAGGGGCAUGUGCCCCUCGUCCUCCAGUUUCCCCUUGAGGAGGGAGAGAGAACGUGCUGCACUGCGCCCCCAGGUUCAACCUCCAACCUGGUCCCUCCCGAAGAAUGGAUUCCUCUUCUCCUUCUCCUCCCCUGCCUUAUGGGAGCCUCUUCCAGUCCACAGAACCCAAAUCGAGGUUACUAAUGAGCUCCCCUUCUUUGUGCCCAGGGAACCCCUCUCGGCCUCAGGAUCAGCUCCCCUGAGCUUGGCCCAUGGCCCCGCCACCCCUGGGACUCGGCCCCAGCCAUCUCACCACCCACGCCAGGGGGCGGGGCUCCCACGGCCCGGCCCCCAGGUGGGCGGUUCUGUCGUGACGUCACUUCCGCCCGGGCCUGGCCGAGGUUCGGGCUCCGUGGGCCGAGGCGGGGGUACGGAGGUGGUAGCUGUGGGAGGAGGCGGCGUGGAAGGCCGAGGAGCUCGAGCCCGGACCAAUCCCCGCGUCCCGGGCCGCGACCCUGACCCUGCAGCGCACCGGGAAGCGAAACCGGCCGGAUGGGCCGCUGAGCCCGAAUCGGGCACUGUGUGGAGCCCCCUGGAGCUGAGAUCAGGAUGUUCCGCUUCAUGAGGGAUGUGGAGCCUGAGGAUCCCAUGUUCCUGAUGGAUCCCUUUGCUAUUCACCGUCAGCACAUGAGCCGUAUGUUGUCAGGUGGCUUUGGAUAUAGCCCCUUCCUCAGCAUCACAGAUGGCAACAUGCCAGGGACCAGGCCUGCCAGCCGCAGGAUGCAGCAGGCUGGAGCUGUCUCCCCCUUUGGGAUGCUGGGAAUGUCGGGUGGUUUCAUGGACAUGUUUGGGAUGAUGAAUGACAUGAUUGGAAACAUGGAACACAUGACAGCUGGAGGCAAUUGCCAGACCUUCUCAUCUUCCACUGUCAUCUCCUACUCCAAUACGGGUGAUGGUGCCCCCAAGGUCUACCAAGAGACAUCAGAGAUGCGCUCGGCACCAGGCGGGAUCCGGGAGACACGGAGGACUGUUCGGGAUUCAGACAGUGGACUGGAGCAGAUGUCCAUCGGGCAUCACAUCCGGGACAGGGCGCACAUCCUCCAGCGCUCCCGAAACCAUCGCACGGGGGACCAGGAGGAGCGGCAGGACUAUAUCAACCUGGAUGAGAGUGAGGCCGCAGCGUUUGAUGACGAGUGGCGGCGGGAGACGUCCCGAUUCCGGCAGCAGCGCCCCCUGGAGUUUCGGCGGCUUGAGUCCGCAGGGGCGGGGGGACGAAGGGCGGAGGGGCCUCCCCGCCUGGCCAUCCAGGGACCUGAGGACUCCCCUUCCCGACAGUCCCGCCGCUAUGACUGGUGAGGGCCCCGGGCCCUCAGCCUCUCUUGUAAGUAACAGGAGUAAGGAGGGCGGGGUGCACCUGCGGACGGUCCUCGGCCGCGAGGCAGUUCAGGCUCCAGCAGGAGCUGCUUUUGAUAGUGCGAGUGGACAUGGCAAGAGAACAAUGUUCUCACUGACAUAGGGGAUUAAACCCCAACUCCUGGCUCUUAACGUAAGUUUUUUCUUCCUUUUGACUUGUGCUCCUCUCUCUUUCCCCCUCCAGGUACAGGCUGAGAGGCUGAGAAAUCAUCCCCUGAAUAACUUUUUCCUCUCUGAUUCCCAUCCCCAAUUUAAUAUUAAAUUAACAGGCAAGCCGGCCCCCACCUCUCCCUGGGGGUCUCAGGGAGAACCUUUCACGGCACCCUUUCCCUACCUUUUCCUUCUUUAAUCUCCUGGUUUACCAUGAUGACUUCACCUCUGCAUCUACUAACUUGAUUUUUCAUUCUGCCGCUCCAUCUUCAAACCCCCUCACCUUUCCCAUUCUACUCCUGCCAUGCAUUGAAGGGUCAGUGCAUUUUGGGGUGAGCUCUGGGUUUAGGGGCCUCCUCCAUCCCUCAGCUACCCUGGAUCUUUGCCCACCUCUUCCUCAGAGCCCACACUGAGGGGCUGUAGCCCUAUCUAGGGCUGUGGAAGGAGCAGACUGGUUCCUAACUCCCUCCUCCUGCCCACACACAUCAAAAGAAUCUUCCUUACACUCUUCUCUGCCUUUAUUUUUUGAUUUGUGCAACUUGUAACUAGGUGUUUAUGGAAUAAAGUAGAAUGGAAAAAAGA